AUGACGACAACUUCAGACACAGACGAUGGUCUGGUUACAGAUGAGCAGUACUUGUUGUAUGAAGGGCUACUGAGUUCAACACGAGCGCUGAUUGCCGCCCUUGGUUGUAUGGGGAACGUUAUCAACAUCUACAUAUUUCUGAAGCUGGGAUUCAACGAAGGCAUGAACUUGUCUUUAACUUUACUCUCGUGUUUUGACCUCAUGUAUUUAGUAACGGUCAUCUCCAGGUCGGUGUCUUUCGUGUUUUUAGCUUACGAGCGGACCCACCAUAGGACUAUGUGGUUUCCUGUCCAGCCUUACGCUGUUUACAUUUUCUGUGGGCAUGCUGGAAGAAUCCCACACGCCUCAUCCAACCUGAUGACGACCUUCGUGGCCUUGGCCAGGUGCGCCAGUGUGGCCAAACCGCUACAUUUUAAACAAACAUUCAGCCAACAACUCACUGUAAUAUGGGCGACAGUUUUUGUAGUAUUUGCAGUAGUGAGUUACCUCCCUAUACUAGUGUUUAUGGGAGUUAUCCCACAAUUCGACAAGGACGUGAACUUGACAAGACCGGCGCUGUGGAUUUCACCACGAAGAGAAGAAGUUAAAGAUGCAAUUUGGGGGUUACGUGACGCAUUCCUUCCGCUUUCCACUCAACUCUUAAUCGCAGUCUGUGUAGUUCUAAUGACAAGGUACCUAAAAGCAUCUUUAAAGUUCAAAGCCGUUCAUUCAAAAUACAGCUUUACGCAAGGGGUUGUCAAUGAAAUCUCUCAAAAUAUUGGUAUCACCACCGCUACAAAAUCGAACGGAAGCUCAACUACAAAACCAGGUAAAGAACUACAGGUGAUUCAACAGGUGGUGCUGAUCUGUGUGGUGUACAUCACCUGCAACACGCCCACCAUCCUCAUCAACUUCACCGGUCUGUUUGUGCCAGAGUUCUCUAUUGAAACAAAGUUCCGCAACUUGUACCUGCUGGUGACGGGUGUCAAACACUUUUUCCAGACCAUCAACGCCAGCAUCAACAUACUUGUGUACCACCGCUACAACAGCAAAUACAGGCGUAGAUUUCCUGUUUGUAGACACCGUGUCUGA